CUCAACAUAACCUAAACGGGCUGCUUCUGCUGGAUUCACUUUCUCCCGGCAACGGAGAGGGUAUCAGGAAUCCUGUGCAAAGCGAGUUUCUCUGAUGUCACUGCGGUAUUCGAGGAGACGGGCCUAUUUCAAUGACUACGAAAUGGAAUGUUGUUGUCAUCAUUAUUGUAGUCGUGAUUGCAGGACAUCGGCUAAGACCAUCCAGCGAACUAUAGGAUUUCUCAACCUCCACCGGUGGAAAAGCGACAAGAACAGUGGAGGGACUUAAGACAACAGGUUUCACUAACUGAGAGGAAAGUCGAGAUCUGAGGCAGAACUCGAGUUGAACAGCGCCAGCAACCAAGCAUACUCCUGGAUCAGAAUAUGAUUGGAGCAAAAUGUACUGCUAGAAAUACUACAGGAAUUUGGUGAUGAGGUGUCUCGGAUUUUUCAGAGGAAGUCAACACUUACAGCAACAUACAAACUCCAACAAGCUCGAAUUGGAUAUGCGAUAGAGAAGGAAAAGAUAAGGAUUCAUCUUGCACUAAUAACGGUUGGCAUCAGUGCUGGACUUCUCUAAACUUGCAGGUGGUCCAGUACUAGGGUUCACCCUCUCAAACUAACCCAUAGAAAACAAUAUAGCUCCUGGACCAGUAACUUCUUUUAAAGCUCACUGUAAUUGCUGAUGGAGGCUAGUGGAUCCAACUCUUACGAUGUACUAGGGCUCAAUGCACUAUACCAUUUAAUCCUGACAAUGCAACUCACUAUUGUAUUCACCUC